GUGUUUUUUCUGCUCAGUUCAUGUUGUGCUUCUGAUUCCCCAGAAGCUCUCUAACUUCUCUAAUGGCGGACAUAAGCCAUCCUCCCAUGGAGCAACUCCAAGACCUCGAAUACUGUAUAGACUCCAACCCUCCAUGGCACCAAUGCUCCAGUGAUGGCUGCAUUAUAGAUGUUGAGUUAUGCAUUCAAAUGCUAAGCAAAACCAUGACAUUCCACUUGAUCUCCAAUGCAGUGAUGUUGAAACUGUCUUAUUGGCAUUUCAAAACUACAUCUUAAUGCUGGGCACUACUGUGAUGAUCCCUACAUACCUUGUACCUUUGAUGGGAGGAAAUAAUGGAGACAAGAUUCGGGUUAUACAAACUCUGUUAUUUGUAUCUGGUAUCAAUACGCUUCUGCAAGCUCUUUUUGGAACAAGGUUGCCGGCAGUGGUGGGUGGUUCUUCUGCGUAUAUUAUACCAAUCCUGUACAUCAUUGGUGACUCCUCACUGCAGCAAAUAUCUGAACCCCAUGUAAGAUUUAUACAUACCAUGCGAGCAAUCCAAGGAGCACUUAUUGUAGCAUCAAGCAUACAAAUCAUCCUAGGUUACAGCCAAGUAUGGGGGCUUUUCUCAAGGUUUUUCAGUCCCCUUGGAAUGGCACCUGUGGUUGGAUUGGUUGGUUUGGGUUUAUUUCAGCGAGGAUUUCCUGCGGUGGGUAAUUGUGUUGAAAUUGGAAUACCGAUGCUGCUGGCUGUAAUUGGCUUGUCACUAUAUCUGAAGCAUGCUAGGUCAGUGAAGGGUAUUCCCAUAUUUGAAAGGUUUCCCAUACUGAUUUGCACCAUGAUCAUUUGGACCUAUUCCCAUGUCUUGACUGCUUGUGGGGCCUACAGAAUCCGGCCUAUGAAAACUCAACUAAAUUGUCGUACUGAUAGAGCUCAUCUAAUAUCCUCUGCACCGUGGUUCAUGGUCCCAUAUCCUCUGCAGUGGGGUCCACCAACUUUUUCUGCAGGCCAUACAUUUGCUACGAUGUCUGCAGUUCUAGUAUCAAUGAUAGAGUCAACUGGAGCAUACAAAGCAGCAUCUCGGCUGGCAAUUGCCACUCCACCUCCUGCCUAUGUGUUGAGCCGAGGUAUCGGUUGGCAGGGUAUCGGUGUGAUGCUUGAUGGCCUUUUUGGAACAGCGACUGGUUCUACUGUAUCAGUGGAGAAUGUGGGGCUCCUCGGACUAACUCGUGUCGGGAGCCGAAGAGUUGUUCAGGUUUCAGCUGCCUUCAUGAUGUUCUUUGCAACCUUAGGAAAAUUUGGAGCCCUCUUUGCAUCUAUACCUUUUCCCAUAUUUGCUGCAAUUUACUGUGUUCUAUUUGGCCUUGUUGGUUCAGUUGGAUUGUCAUUCCUACAGUUCACAAACAUGAACUCUAUGAGAAAUCUCCUAAUCACAGGACUUUCACUUUUCCUUGCGAUAUCUGUCCCACAGUAUUUUAACAACUUCUGGGUUUCUUCACAUCGUGGUCCUGUUCACACACAUGCAGGAUGGUUUAAUGCAUUCUUGAAUACCAUAUUCUCAUCACCACCAACGGUGGGGUUAAUUGUUGCUGUGUUCCUUGACAACACAUUGGAAGUGGAGAAGUCGAAGAAGGAUCGGGGGAUGCCUUGGUGGGUGAAGUUCAGAACAUUUAGAGGUGAUAACAGAAAUGAGGAAUUCUACACUUUGCCAUUUAAUCUCAACAAGUUCUUUCCACCCACCUAGCUACUACACCCGAGUCACCAAGGAAGCUUGUUUUGUAAACCAGAUCUCCUAUGUUCUCAUAGGAAUUGAGGAUGGCCAGCUUUUUGAGAACUACUAGGCCACAAUUGUAUAAUUAGGUAAUUUUGUCACCCAAUCAUUGAGUGCUCUGAACUCUGAAGCAUUGUUAAACAUUUGAUCCAUGGUUUUAUAGGAUCUGAUGGAAUAAUAAGUGAAGUUUUGCUUCUUUCUGUUGA